AUGGCAGAACAACGUAUGCAUCUCGAGCGUAUUGAGCUUAACCCGGUAAGCAAAGACUACAGCACUCGGGCAGCAUAUGCCUCGAGGUGUCAACGAUGCUUGGUCGUUUUAACCGCUCAAGAGUUCAAAGCCGAGCACAAUAUCAACGCCCAGCCUGGAGCGUGUCUAGUUGACCAACUCUGCUGGGGAAAUUACCAUGGCAUUUCAUACCAAUACUUCCGCACAGAGGACACGGGUUAUUACUACUCGACUGACCACAACUACACGACUCCCUGGGACUUUGUCCGCAACGACAACGCCUACCAAAUCUCAAACGAAGUGUUCAGCAAUACCCUAUCCAAGUUCAUUCAGGACGUUCGUAAACUAUACCCGAAGCAACCAGUUUUGUCUUUACCGCAUGGGGAUGGCCGAGCCUCAUAA